GCCAAAGUGACAGAUGACCCGCCUCAGCAUCCGGGAUCUUAAUUCCUCUCGUUUCAUCUCGGAGAAUCAGUUGGACUUCGAGAAAAAUAAUUUUGGCGGAAUGUCAGGAUGUGGCGGUGAUGGCCAUGGACAUGGACACGAUCAUGGAGGUCAUAGUUCCUGUGGGGAUGGGCAUGACCAUCCACCUGCCGAACUUGGAGUUGCAUAUAGUCUAUAUACGCGCAUAGACACAGCAAACGUUGAGUGUCUCAAUGAAGCUGUUGAUGGUUCAGGCAAGACUGUAUUCAAGCCGUGGGAAGAUAGACUUUCAAGGGACAAGUUUGUGGAAAGUGAUGCAGACGAGGAACUUCUUUUCAAUAUUCCAUUUACAGACAACAUCACUAAAGGCAUUAUCAUCGUUGGGGGAGAAAAUGGUUACCACCCAAAUAAGAUGAGACUGUAUAAAAAUAAACCCCACAUGACCUUUGAUGAAGUUGGUUUGGAAGCUGAUCAAGAGUUUGAAUUGCAUCCAGAUCCUUCAGGAACAUUAGAGUACACAACUAAGGUUGUGAAAUUUUCAUCUGUGACUCACCUUUCGAUACAUUUCCCCAGUAACUUUGGGGAGGACACUACCAAGAUAUCGUACAUUGGAUUUCGUGGUGAAUAUACAAAAGCCCAUCGGCAUCGAGUAACCAUAUGCAACUAUGAAAUGUCACCCCAGUUAUCUGACCAUAAAGAUAAAGCAAUGGAUGCUGUUGGUAAGCCCAUUAUGUGAUUUGGACGUAAGGUACGUGAAAUAGAUAAGGUUUAUUGGCAUAAAUAUUUAUUCUCAGUUUUUGAGAUCUCUCAAAACAUCUUCCUAGGUUUGAUUCAAUACGGGAGGAAUUAAAUCUAUCGGCUCUCUUCUUUACACAGUAGCUGCUGGAACUUAUGUUUUGGUGAUAUGGACAUUUGCUCCUCAUAUGUUUUUAUAUAAACCCAUCCUUCCUUGUUUUCUGUGUAAUUAAUUCAGUGUCAUUAAUUUAAUUCCCAACACUCAAUAUAAAGUUCAUGAAUUUGCUGAUGGUUCAGUUCUAGGAAAGAAUAACCUUUGCUCUGAAAUAUUGGUAUGAUUAUUCCUUAUGCGGGAAUAAUUUGGGAUACAUUGGCGCCGUAACAGGGUUGAAUCCAGCAGUGAGGAAAGGAGAAAACACGACUAAUUGGGUGAAAUGUGAUAUCACAUUUGAAUGUUGUUGGACAUUUACCGGGAGUUAUUUCUCUUGGAAAAGUUGUGUAUAGUUAGAGAUAGGGUUUGAAAAAUGACAGUAUGUUGAAUGAUACAUAAUGAACAAAGAAAGCAGAAAUCACAUUUGAUUUUAUAUUUAUAAAUUAAGAAACGUUUGCAGUGUUUUAUUGUGGAAAUAGGAAAGGAUUUAAGAUGAGAGCAAGUAAUUUUGGUUUUAGAUAUAAAAACUAUUUUUUACAAAUAUUUGGCAAAUGUUUCUAAAAAGGAAUCAAGUUAGGAAAUGGUUUUUAUUCAGAAUAUUGUAUGCUAUAAUUGUGCCUAUUCUUACCUUUUUUAUUUUACUAAGAGGUAGUGUUUGCAAUUUAGGUGUAAGGGUUUCUCCAAUCAUGGUGUCAGGUGCUUGAUACCUUUUUGUUCACCAUAAUACUGUACUAAGCUGUGAUAAAAACUGUACGGGAUAGGCUUAUACCAAUUAAGGUAAAGGAUGCUCUGCUGCCAUUGUAUGAAAAUGUCCUCUACAUAAAAAAAUGACAGGAUUGAA